ACAGAAUCGUAACAGUUAGUAGGCUCACUUUAGCUGAAGUCGCGUGUCUCGGCCUCGAAUAGCCUUUAUCUAGUUUACCUUAUGACAAAAAAUGGGAAAAUAAAAUAAAAAACAUUUACUGGAAGCAAUUUGGAUGUACCGUGUCAAUUCAAUUACCUACGUAGAACGCCCCAGUGUUGCCUCUGAGAUUAGGGCAAUGAAAAAAUAUUCCAGAAAAAAAUAUAGCAAACAUUUAAGGAUUUUGAUAGACAGAUGAGUCCAGGCAAACGCGGGCCGCUGUGCGACGCAAACGAGUCGCGUCCGAGCCUCACCGUCACAGACAUGGAUACAGUGCACGAGGAAAAUGACAACGAUAGUGAUGAAUCUUCCUAUUCGGACUUGGGGCGACUCCGAGAUCGCACCCGCGCCAUGUUGGAGACUCCCGCGGAGCCGCUGGUGCAGCACGCACAUUCACAGCCCAACAGCCGCCGGAUGUCUUCUGACAUUGAAAGCAAGCUCGCAGCUAACCUUAAUACUAGACGACCGUCAGCAAUCAUCGCAGCAUUCCGGCGGCCAUCGCAGGCGCUUGCAUUAUGUGCCGCAACGCAGCGACGGUUCCUGUCCGAGCUGUCACCACACUCGCGAGCCUCUGUCGCCUCCACCGUUCACGAACAUCCGCCUUCCGCUGCAGAAAUUUUGGGACAUGAAGCUCUGAGCAAAGCAUUAUCUGCACUAUAUGCCAAGCUGUUAGUUGUUCUUGGUCUAGCUUUUCCUGUCACUGAAGUUAUCGCGAAUGGUGUUCCAAACGCAUAUUAUCAGGGUUUUUACUUGUAUCUUUAUUUAGUUUCACUUCUAUUCGUAAUAUUUCAAUAUGCAACUCUAAUGCGCCAGAAAGCUGUAAACCUAAUUAUACAUACCUACGAAGACCCUGAAAAAGAAGAAAAAAAUGGCAAAACGACGCCUGGCGAGAAACUUAAAUUGAAGGAGAGCAAUAUAUCUCGUUAUGGGAGUUUCUAUUUAAGACUAGGUGCUAUUGCUUUCGGUAUUGGCUCUAUGGUAUACAGUGGAUUAGAAUUCGGCGAAUAUUUUGAGACAACAGAUCGUUGCCGGUCCGUUCUUGCUGUUAUAACUCCUGGUCUGCGAAUGACACUAACACUGGCGCAAAUGCAAUUCAUUUUUCUUACAAACAAAGACAUCGAAGCUGGCAGUUACAAGUUGAUUCAGAGAUUCGGAUUUAUGCAUAUGAUAGCCACCAACUUGUGUGAAUGGUUAUAUGUUCUGGUUGAGGAAACGAAACACGAGAUACAUCACUUAGAAAUUCAUCAUAUUUCGAACAGCACCCACCUCAAUGACACCUCUGAAAUUCCUUGUCAAAGAUCUAACAUUAUGGGAACACUUCUACAAAACGCAUCUCCUUUUCUUUUUCCAUGCACCAUUGAAUAUUCUCUUAUUUGUGCUGUCAUUUUAUAUGAAAUGUGGAAAGAGGUGAAGUGUACGCCAGAGGACUUUGAAAAAAAAUUUAACUAUGCCAAAGCCAAGUCACGUAAUAAUUCUGUGACACCUGAGAAAAUUCUUCAACAAUUCGCGGGUAUGCUAGGGGUGAGUUCUCCGCAUGGGAGCCGCGCAGCUCUGCAUCACUUCUCCGUAGACUGCUCACAUGCACACCGUGGCCUCUUUGGUGGGAUUCUGCUUAUCGUCAUCACCAUUAUAUCUCUCAUCAUGUUCUUCGUGUUAGUGAACAACCCCGAUACCGUCAAUGAUGCUAUAUUCGAAGUCAAUAUAUGCGAGUUAGUGCUUUAUUCUUUGACUCUCAUAGCUGCAGCGGCUGCUCUUAAACAAAUGAGAGUACUACCGUAUAAAAGAAAAUCAGAAGCGGUUCUUGGACUAGACACAUCGCUCCUGAUCCUUGCGCAAUCGGGCAUGUUCGUAUAUUGUAUGUUCAGCUUGAUAGGCUGUCACCAUACUUUACAGAGCGACCAGGGUGCAGGCCUCACCGGCUUUUUCUCAGAGUUUUUAUCCUUGAAUCAGACUAUAUUACAAUCUCUGUUCAUAAUAGAUGCUUGGUGGCGACGUAGUACCACAUCAGAACAAAGGCGAGAAAAGCCUGGACGACAACUAGUCACAUUCCUACUCGUCGCUAACAUGGCAAUGUGGGCUAUUAACACUCUUGAGAAAAAUCGAGCGGAGUUCAGGCCAGCUCAUCUGUCAUUCUAUGGACCUUGGGCGUGGACUAUUAUCACACAUGUCUCUAUGCCACUCGCCAUCUUCUACAGAUUUCACUCUACUAUAUGCCUCUUUGAAAUAUGGCGACACAGUUUCAAGAAUAAACCAAUAUACUUGGAUGUAUAAAAUUAUAAUUAAUAAAGUAUAUGAAAUUUU